ACUUCUGCAGCUCUUGCAUCAAUUCUAUAUCAGUUAAGCCAAAAUCAAGAAAAACAAAAGAAACUCAGAGAAGAAAUACGAAUCGUACUACCAAAUGCCGAUUCUAAACUGACUUCUGAAAAACUUGAUCAGUUGCAAUAUCUAAAAGCAUGUAUAAAAGAAACAUUAAGAAUGUAUCCAGUAGUUAUUGGAAAUGGCCGUUGCAUGACCAAAGAAACAGUAAUAAGUGGAUAUAAAAUUCCAGAAGGAGUACAAGUAGUGUUUCAACAUUAUGCUAUUAGUAACAGCAGCAAAUAUUUUUCACAACCAGAACAAUUUUUACCAGAAAGAUGGUUAAAAGGUAGUGAAUACAAACAUCAUCCAUUUGCUAGUUUACCUUUUGGCUAUGGAAAAAGAAUGUGCUUGGGUCGUCGAUUUGCUGACUUAGAACUUCAAACUGUUGUAGCAAAAAUUUUUCAAACAUUUGAGGUCCAGUACAAUCAUGAAGAUUUAGAAUACACUAUCCAUCCAAUAUACAUGCCAAAUGGCCCUUUGAGGUUUAAAAUGGUAGAAGACUAAAGUAAUUAUUUUAAAACGUAUUAUGUUGUAAAUUAAUAAAAUUUACUAUUCAAUUUCAUUGCCAAAUGUUAAUGUAAAAUAGUUAAAAAGUUAUAUCAAAUAAGUACACAAAUGUUGUUGUACAAUGUAUUGUGUCGAUCACACGUUUAUAAUAUUUUGGAAUAUUUCAAAACUAGAUAAUAGAUAACAUUUUAUCACCGACAAGGUGGAUAUGUUAUAUUAUAACAUAAAGUGAUAUUUUAGAGGAGCCGUUCAAUUAAACUAUUUUUAUUUUUAUUAUUAUUCAAAGACCGUGGUCCGUGAAUUUUAUAUUCUUAUCAUUGUCAUAGAUAAUUUAUAGCCGUGGUUCUUAUCAUUUAUUUAAAAUCAAAAUUGAUAUCGAUAACCGUUCGCAAUUGGCUGAUUGAGCAAAAACGAUAGUAAAUAAGUAAAAUACAUGGAUAGUUACAUCAGAGAAAUAUCAAUAUGUUUCCAUCGAUCAUUCAUUCCACUACCGUUUGUUAAAAACUAGCAUAGUAUCAUAGAACAAUAUAAUAAUAUAGAUAUUUAA